UAGUACACCCAUCCAUGGCCUGAAAUGAAGAGCAGAUUGUGAUGACUGGUAUAUCGGAGGACCUGGUUACAUUCAGAGACUGAAGACAUGAAGAAUGCACAGCCUGUUGCAUUGAAUAGCUGAUUUUCCCAGUCCGUGUCAUUGCGUUUAAACAUCAUUUAUCACAGCAGUCGGGCACAUGCAGAUCUUAGGUGGAGGUUACCACCAUGUCUGUUAGUGCAACAGAAGGUGACAUCCCAAGGUUCUUUGUGGGAUGUGAGGAAUCAGAUGAGGUGCUGGACCAAGGCAAAGCGGAAAAUGAAGACCACAUCUACGACAACAUUGAUGACGAGGAGGAUGAUGAUGAUGAUGAAGAAUAUGACUCUCCCCCAGAGAGACAGAUUGUGGUGGGAAUCUGCGCUAUGGCUAAAAAGUCCAAAUCUAAACCCAUGAAAGAAAUCCUGGAGCGCCUCUCGCUGUUCAAAUACAUCACUGUCGUUACAUUCGAAGAAGACGUCAUUCUGAAUGAAUGUGUGGAAAACUGGCCACUGUGUGAUUGCCUCAUUUCCUUCCACUCCAAAGGUUUUCCCUUGGAUAAAGCAGUUGACUAUGCAAAACUCAGGAAUCCAUUUGUUAUCAAUGACUUGAAUCUACAGUAUCAAAUUCAAGACCGGAGAGAGGUUUAUAGAAUUCUUAAAGAUGAGGGGAUCUUGCUACCUCGAUAUGCUGUCCUAAACCGUGAUCCAAACAAACCUGAUG